UCCUUUUAUGGGAGUAUAAUUAUUAUACUCUUUUAUGGGCGUGCAGGUAUGAGCCCCUCCCACCACAAGUCACAUGCCGCGGGGAGAGCCGGUGGAAAAAUGAAGCCAUUAUGUGCCGUUUUUCUGUGGUUGCUGCAUUCGCAAGCCGUCGAUGCAUCCCAGCAGAAGUUGAAUGAGUUCGUCCGCCACUACGAGUCCGCUUGGGUGAAGGCUCAGUGGAGCCAAGAGACUCCACAGAUAAUAAAGUCCAGAUUCAACUUUAGCACACAUGGCAGGGAGUUUAGUGUUUAUGUGGAGACCCACACAAGCCUGUUUCAUCCUGAUCAUCAUCUCACUGUGGUGAAGGGAGGUAGAGAGGAGGUGAGGGAAGUGGACACCCGUCGUAUCGUUUUGGGGCAAAUUGAAGGAGAGAAGGGCUCUGUGGUGCAUGGAGUAAUAGUGGAUGGAGUCCUGGAAGGUGUUAUCUACAGUCGUGGGUAGGAAUUGUCUUGCUCAGUACAAUAGCAAUAAUGCUACUCUUUGCAGGGAAACAUACCAUUUGGAGCCAGCACACAGAUAUCCAGAGAGGGAUGUGGCUGGAGGUGGUAAUGCCAGUCAUAAUGUGGUGGUAUACAAGACCAGUGAUGUUGUGUAUGAUUUGGAGCACACUGCCUGCUCCAGUCACCAGUCUCCUAGACUUAGACUAAUUCAGGAGGCUGCAAGUCUGUCACAAACCCACCAAGACCUUCUCAGGAGAAGAAGAGCAAUUGACAAAGAGAAGAACACAUGUACAGUGAGGAUGGUGGCUGACUAUGUGUUCUAUGACAACAUCGGCCAGGGACAGGAGUCUACUACGCUGGAGCAGAUGGCGUUUCACGUUCUCAAUGCUGACCAGAUAUACACGUCCACAGAAUUUGUCCAAAGAAAUGGUGAAACAUUCAGUGGAUUUGGACUUGCCAUUCAUUCCACUAAGAUAUAUGCAGAUCCAAAUGACAGGAGCAACCCUUACAUCGGAAGUAAUUGGUCAGUUGAGGAUCUUUUGACUGCCUUUUCACAUGAGGAACUCAAUGAUGUGUGUUUAGGGCAUCUCUUCACCUACAAUGACUUUAAAGGAACAAUAGGCUUGGCAUAUGUCGGAGACCCAAGUGGCAGAAUACCAGGAGGUAUAUGCUCAAAGAGGAGUACAAAUCUUGGUGGCUCAGCAAACCUCAACACUGGAUUAACAUCUUUCCUCAACUUUGGAAGCAGAUUACCCAGAGCUGUCUCAUACAUCACAGUAGCUCAUGAGAUUGGCCACAACUAUGGCUCCCCACAUGAUCCAGCAGGCACGUCCUGUGCCCCCGGAGGCAGCUCUGGGAACUACAUCAUGUACCCGAGUGCCACGGACGGCUCUCGACCUAACAAUAACAGGUUCUCAGAGUGCAGUGUCAAGGACAUGGGUGCCACCAUUGAGAACAAUGGCGGUUGCUUCUUGAAACGUGAGAACUCUGAAUUAAUACACCCGUCAGACAAUUUUAUUCUGAGGAAAUAUCAUUGGCGUACUCUUUCAUGUGCUUGCUUGCUCAUAUUCUCCCUCCUGUACAUAAGGUCCCAGUCAGCAGGAAUGUGGUAACGGAGUGGUGGAGGGAGACGAAGAGUGUGACUGUGGCUCUACUGAGCCUGCCGUCUGCUGGGAGAGGGACCCCUGUUGUACCCCUGGUAAUUGCACCCUCAAUGAGACAGCCAUUUGCAGUCCUGAGGCCAGUCGAUGUUGUUCUAGUGAGUGCCAACCACUGGAGGCUGGAAUCCUCUGUCUCAGAGGAGAUGUGGAGAUUGGUGGCUGCCAGCAAGCCAGCUUCUGCAAUGGGACCUCGGCCGCCUGCCCUCCAGGAGACACCCUCGAGGACAACACUCCCUGCAAUGAUGGCAGCAACGUCUGUGAUCAUGGAGUCUGCAACGGUUCUGCCUGCACUCUCUAUAACACCACCGAGUGUUACUGCUCUAGAGAAGAUCAGCUAUGUGAAGUCUGCUGCGUAUUUGGAGGAGAGUGCAUCUCUACGUUUGAUUGGCCAGAGGCUGAGAACAUUACAGUACACCCAGGCUACCCCUGUCGUGACCUCACUGGAUACUGCAACCAAGACCUAGAGUGUGUGUAUGUGGACAACAAUGACAUUCUCAAUGACCUGCUAGAUAACCUAAAGGUAUGUAGGUAUAAAUUUAGGUAUAUACAGACUCUGCAGAGAUUGCUAUCUUUCUACUGCAUGUCUCUGUGCAGGAUCUCCUGUUCAAUCUCAAAUCUCUGACUCAAUGGCUCAAAUCGUAUUGGUAUUGGGUCCUCGCCAGCUUUGGAGGACUCAUCAUUCUCAUCAUUCUACUACAAGUUACAUACCGACGUAAGAAACCCAAGAAGACAGAGAGGGGGCCGGGAGAGCGCACCGAUGGUGGUCGUCCAGUGGGGAGGCGUGGCCAGAGGGGGCGUGGUCAGAGUGGGCACGGUCGGAGUGGGCGUGGUCAGGGGUACCAGAGGAGGGCGGACGAGAUCUCACCUCUAAUUGAGAGAACGAGUCAAACUUGAUAGCUAUGUGUCUGUGUGUGUAUACAGUCAUGAGUGUCUUCUGUUAUACAUGCUGCUUCUUCCAAUGAAUUUUUAUGGUAUUCUACAUAAA